CAUGCGCAUUACAAUCUGUUUAUUUUUGUUUUUAUUUCGCAAAAGAGGACUUUUACAGGGCAUAUUAUAGAUGAUUUGUAAACGAAGAGAUAUCUGAAUAUUUGUCAAGGUACCCUACUGCAGGGAUUAACACAUUCUGGAAGCCAGAUGCCGCUUGGAUUAAAACCUACAUGCAGCGUAUGCAAAACCAACUCCUCUUCCAUGUGGAAAAAGGGAAGUCAAGGAGAGAUCCUCUGCAAUAACUGCACAGGGAAAGCUGGUGGUGGGGGAGGAAGCCAUAGUGGCUGUACAGUUGGUGGCAGUUCCUAUAGUGGAGUAAGUUUUGCCAGCACCUCCUCUUCUCAGCAGAGCAAUGGUGGAAGCAGUAAGCAAUCAAAACAGGAAAUCCACAGAAGAUCUGCCCGACUGAGGAACACAAAAUACAAGUCUGCUCCAGCUGUUGAAAAGAAAGUUUCUACCAAGGGAAAGGGCAGAAGGCACAUAUUUAAACUGAAAAAUCCCAUUAAAGCACCAGAGGCUGUUUCUACCAUUAUAACUUCUGAGUCUUUGUUCUAUAAGGGUCUGUAUUAUCAGCUUGGUGAUGUGGUUUCAGUCAUGGAUGAGGAAGAUGGUAAAUCAUAUUACGCCCAGAUAAGAGGUUUUGUUCAGGAUCAAUACUGUGAAAAAAGUGCUGCUCUUACCUGGCUUAUCCCUACGCUAUCCAGUCCUGAAGACCGAUUUGAUCCAGCAACUUAUAUCAUAGGGCCUGAUGAGGAUCUUCCAAGGAAGAUGGAGUGCCUGGAAUUUGUGUGUCAUGCACCUUCUGAAUAUUUCAAGUCUCGAUCUUGUCCUUUUCCAACACUUCCUACCAGACCAGAGAGAGGAUUUAUUUGGACUCAUAUUGGACCAACUCCUGCAAUCAAUAUCAAAGAUUCUAUUGCCAAUCACUUAUAGCCUUUACUGGACUGAUAUUUAUGUAUGUUUUGCAACAUCAGGUGACCUGGCUCAAGAAGAACAGUGAUACCAGCCUAUAGAGACAUUAGUGUUCAGCAGAACAAACAUUCUCAGUGUCCCUUUCUCACUGCAUAAUUUUACAUUUCUUCUUUUUAGUAUGAACAGCAAUCUGUAAAUAUGUAUAAUAUGUGAAUUUUUGACCUAUCUAAAAUAAAUGCCACAACCAUGCAAUGUUGAUAUUUAGUUUAUGCUAAAAGAGAUAAUUUAUAUAAAAGUCGUCCUUGAACUCUU